AUGGCAAAAUUUGAUCACAACCAUGCUUUAGUUCAUCAUCCUUCAGAUAAUUCUGGAACUCCAAUUAUGCCGAUGCAGUUAUCAGGAUUUGAUAAUUACUCUAUGUGGAACAGGGCUAUGAGGAUUCAAUUACUUGGAAAGAAUAAACUAGGGAUUAUAGAUGUAACCUGGAACAAAGAGGAUUUUGGAGCAGAUCUAGGUCAUCAAUGGGAUCGAUGUAAUGCUAUUGUAAGGGGAUGUAUCAUGAGUUCAGUAACACCAGAAUUACAUACAGGAAUUGUGUAUGCUACUAGUGCAAAGGAAAUUUGGGAUGAUCUUCGUGAACGCUUUGACAAUGUAAAUACUUCUCGAAUUUAUCAAUUGCAUAAAGACAUAGCUAGUUUAGUGCAAGGAACUGAUAAUAUUCCUGUUUACUUCUCAAAAUUACGUAAUCUUUGGGAUGAAUUCAACAGUAUUGUUCCACCACCAUGUGAUUGCCCUAAAUCUAAGGAUUUUUGUGCUCAUAUUCUACGACAAAAGUUGAUGCAAUUUUUAAUGGGGUUGAAUGAGACGUAUCAUCAGUCGAGAAGUUAA